AUGUAUGAGAUAUCGUAUUCUCUCAAAGAAGUGAUGAACGACGAUGAUGCAACGACCAUUUCGAGUAUCCGGGAUUGGGGACCAGUUAGCUAUGCUGGUUCAGAACUACCAGAUGUAACGACCGUUUCAACUAAUCGAGAUUUAGGAGCUAUUAGUUACGGUAUGUCUAUGCAGAUGUUGGAACAACAAGCAGUGAGAGAAAUUCUUCCUUUCAGCUGGUUCAGAAUUGCCGUCUCUAAAGAAAUGAAAAAAGUGGAAUUAUAUGGUCCAAGAGAUGUUUGA